GAAACGGAAAUUCCCAACGAACGCGAAAAUGGAGCCUAUAAAAAUCCUUUUCCCUAAAUUGGAACGAAACGUCAGUCGGUAAUCUCCGUUUCGAUUACCGAUAUUUCACAAUGGAGUCCGGUGGUCCGCCCACCCCUCCGCCGCUCCCGCCGCUGCCCACCGGCGCCAUCCUUCUCGGCAAAUAUCAGUUAGGUCGUUUUCUCGGCCGUGGAAGCUUCGCUAAGGUGUACCAGGCUCGUUCCCUCGCCGAUGACUCCAUCGUCGCCAUUAAAAUCAUCGACAAGAACAAAACCAUCGAUGCCGCCAUGGAGCCUUGCAUUAUCCGUGAGAUCGCCGCGAUGCGCCGCCUUCAGCACCAUCCAAACAUCCUCAAAAUCCACGAAGUCAUGGCGACAAAGACGAAGAUCUAUCUCGUCGUCGAUUACGCCUCCGGUGGUGAACUCUUCGCGAAACUCCUCCGCCGUGGUAGGUUAACGGAAUCCUCCGCCCGCCGCUACUUUCAACAACUCGUCUCUGCUCUGCAUUUCUGUCACCAAAACGCCGUCGCUCAUCGCGACAUCAAACCCCAAAAUCUCCUCCUCGACGAAUACGGUAACCUAAAGGUCUCCGACUUCGGUCUCUCAGCGUUACCAGAACAAAUCAAAGACGGAAUGCUCCACACAGCGUGCGGAACCCCUGCUUACGCAGCGCCAGAGGUAGUCACCAGGAGAGGCUACGACGGCGCAAAAGCCGACGCGUGGUCAUGCGGCGUUAUCCUCUUCGUCUUACUCUCCGGACACCUCCCAUUCACCGACAACAAUCUCGUCGCCAUGUACAGUAAAGUUUACCGCCGGGAGUAUCAAUUUCCCGAUUCGAUUUCUAAGCCGGCUCGGCAUUUGAUUUUCCAACUUCUGGAUCCAAAUCCGAACACGAGGAUGAGCAUCGAGGCGUUGAUGCAGCAUUCGUGGUACAAGAAAUCGGUGCGAUCGAAGCCCCAAAUCAGCAACAGAAGCUUGUUCGAAUCGUUGGGUAAUUACAAAUCUGAAUUGGGGGUUUCUGGAUUAAAUGCUUUUGAUAUAAUUUCAAUGUCAUCUGGUUUGGAUCUGUCGGGGCUGUUUGAGACAACGGAUGAUUGUAAGAAGAAGAGAUUCACGACGGCGGUGAGCGUGGAAAAGGUGGAGGAGAGAGUAACAGAGAUCGGUGGGGAAUUGGGGUACAGAGUGGAGAAAGGGAAGAGCGGAGCAAUUGGGUUAGGGAAAGGGAGGAUGAUUUUGGUGGUGGAGGUUUUGGAAAUCACCGCUAAUCUCUUAAUUGUUGAAGUCAAGGUAGCUGAAUCCAAAGCUGAGUUUGAGAGGAUGCAUUGGGGGGAUUUGAAAGCCAAGUUGCAGGACAUUGUUGUUUCUUGGCAUACCAAUGAGGAGGCCAUAUGAUUCACAAGCUAGGCUUCUUUUCGGGUGCGGGUGCUCGGAAGGUAGUCGAGCCGGGGCCGGGCCUCGGCUCGGGCUCCAUCUUGGCACUGGUCAGGGGUAUUGUUGAAGGUGUUUAUAUGCAAAUUGGACUUAGAAGAAAGAGCUUAAUUGAGGGGAUGUUUGUGGUGUAUUGUUAGAAAUGGUAUGGUGUUUAAUCUUGUGAAAGUUGAUUUCAGAAACUGAAAUGAACUGAGAAAGGAAAAAGAUUUCACCCAUGCUUCAUUAAUGGAAACAUUCAAUAACUAUU